AUGCAUAAAUCGAAACUUACAACGAUAGAGAUCGGCAAUGCCUUUAAUGUUGAUAUUUGGAAUCAAUACUUAAUCAACAUUUUUUAUAAAUAUUGUCUUGAUAAAUUUGUUUUACCGAAAAUAAUUCUCAACAAUAGACGUUUAACAUUAAUUGGUUCAAUAUCUGCUGUUAAUGAAAUGAACCAAAGAUAUGAAUUAAUAGAGAAUAUUGUAAAACAAAAGAGUCUAAUACCAGUGUCAAAUCUUAAAAAAGUUAAUCCCGAUAAAUUUCGGUUAACAUCUAAGAUACAAAUAUUAGGCAAUAUAUGGGAUUCAUUUAAUAUUAUCAUAAGUUGUUCUAUUAAUGAUAAAACGUUAUCACAUUCGCUUGCCGAUCGUCUAAUUGAUGAAGGUUAUUUAGUAUAUAUCGAUCGUUAUGGUCAACAGAGUUCUGUAAUCCAGUCGAAAUUUAAAAAUUCAGAUUUAAUACUUGUUCUUUUUAGUCAAAAUUAUUCAACAGAUGGAAAUUAUUUAUCAGAGUUAAGAUAUGCACAAGCAAUUGGAAAACAAAUUCUUCCAGUUUUUAUAACAAAAAAUGUUUUAGAAGAAGAUUGGCUUCAAUAUGUUACUACCAAAGAAUUAUAUUAUGAAUUGUUUAAAGAAGAAGUUAAAUUCGAAUUAGAUGAGAAUUUUGAUUUAAAAUACGAUCAAUUAUUAAUUGAAUUGCUCCAUUAUACAAAGCCUGGUGUAGUUGGUCAUAUAUAUUCAGUAUUAGAAAAUAUUUUUAACGAAGAUCAACAACAACACUCAUCCCAAGGACAAAAUCCAUCAUUACAAUUAACUACUGAGCAAAUAGAACAACGGAGAAAAAUUUAUGAAGAAAAAGUGGAAAAAUUAAUUGAACGAGAGAACAUUCCAACUGAUCUUGUAGAAAGGCUUAUUGAAGUUGCAAAAGCGGUUAUAGAAGAUUGUAAGAAUGGUGAUUUUCGUAAUGAUGAAAAUGAAUCCCGGCAAAGUGAUGAAUAUGAGUCCCGACAAAAUGGCAAAGAAAACACAUAUAAACUUAAUGAUUAUACUAUCACUUUUCUAUCAUGUAUCGAACGCUGGAUAGAAAAAGCUUCGAAUGGAAGUGUCAUAAUAAGCAAUAUACCACCAUUUACUUUAACUGGAGAUUUUAAUGAUGCUAUAUUUCCAAUGAUAUACAAAGAUAAAGAAGCAUGGUGGACAAUAAAUAACUACGCACCUUUAAAUCAUACAAUAGAGGACGAUAGUUGGGACUACUUAUCAUCUAUUAUUGGUUCAUGGUGUACUCAACGUGAAGCGUCUUAUUAUCUUCAAAAACUAAUUGAUCGAGAUUUUCAAUUACGAGAAAGUAGACAAGCUAAACUUCCAAAAUCAGUUCAACGUAUUAUAAAAGUGAAUAAUGGAUUAGAUAUGAAACUUUUCAAAGCUAUUAGUUAUACAAAUUUUACAACAGAAAUUAAAAAAGGUACAACUGGUUGGAAUAUUACACAAGACAGUUUAAUACUGCAAGACUACAGAGUAAAACAACAGAAAAAAACAACGGAAGAAUCAAAGGAAGAACCAACACUUUGGGAUCGUGUAAUAGAACAAACUGUAGAAUUAAUAAGAAAUAUUAAUGAAAAUAAAAUUACUCCAAAUUCGAAUAUUUUACAAGGAAAAAUUGGAAAUGAAUUGAAAACGAAAAAAGAAAGACAAAAACAAAAUGAUCUUGAUAAUCCAAAUAAUAAACGUUGGAAAACUAAACAUCGGUCUCCACGUCGAGAAGAUUUUAUUCAACAGAAAAUACAAAAUAUAAUUGAAUUCGAGAAACUUUGUAAUACAUCACCAAGACAAUCAGUAAAUCAAACUAACUAA